UAAGAUUUGCGCGGCUGUCUAGUUGUGUCAGGUGACAGUUCAAGUCGCUAGUCUCAGUGUCUUAUGUUGAGCUCCCGUCAUUCUUUCUCUCCCUCAACCCACCCAACUCAGCACACACACAACAACACCAACAUGUCUACAGGCGUGCUCGAAGAAGGCCACCUCUUCGAGCUUAUGUUGGGUAUUUGCGAUGCAGGUCAUUCAGACAAGACCGUCGGCCUGUAUGUAGGCUCAUGGAACCUACUUAUGUUCACGCACCGCCACCAUAUUCUGUGGGGCGGCGAAGAGAGCGACGACGUAUACAGUAACGUCGAGGGCGUGACCGGUGUCUUUUCCGUGGACUGCGCUACAACUAUGCUGGCGACCUGUUUUCUACCGCCGCGAAUGCCUCUCGAGCAUAUUGAGUCUGUAGAUGUAACUCUAUCGCCAGCAGCUCUCACGUUCUACCGUCUUGUGUACAUGCUGGCUGUCCCUGAAACCGAUCGUCGACCAUCUGAUCGCACCACGAUGGUCGUCCUCGAGAGCGGCGAUGAUGGAACUAUUCACGCUCUGGUGGCAAAGUUGAACCGAAUAGUAUGCAGCAAGGAACCCGGCCGUUGGUGGGAUGAAGCACCUGCCGUCUUUGUACUCAAUGGCGUGAACGACCUACAGGACUUGUUCGACAACGUCAAAGCAGGAACGCAACCACGCUUUGCUACCGUCUCCAUAGCAAGGCUCCCAAAGACUCCGGUGUCUAUGGAUAACCAAAUCCAGUCCCCUACGCCUACAGCGGCACCUUCUACUUCUAGUGUCACUAAGACUGUAACCGGUAUACCUCUGCGAACGUAUAUUCCCCCACAUACUCGGAAGACACAGUCGAUGGAUACCAUUACCUCGCAUCCACACGAGGCAGCCGGUAUACCUCUGCGCGCGUAUACCCCGCCACACAUCCGGAAGACACAAACUGCUACAUCUACGAGUACCGCUGUGUCGACUUCACAUGUACCCUCACCUCCUGUGGACCAAGAGCCGGGCUUCACCCUACGAUCUGGGGGUAGGCUUCUAUUUCAUCUGCCUUGUAUUUGGCGGAGAAUACUCCGCAGCGAGUCGAACGUCUUCAUCGAUCAUGACUUGAUCCACGUCCUAUCUAGUGAAGAGUUCCGUGUAGCUGUCUUGAAGGAGUUCCAGCGACUUGAUACUGUAACCCCCACGAUAAUGCAGAUGAAGGAUGCCCUGCUUCGAAUCUUCAGUAACGUGCGCACUUCGCUUCCAACGCGGGUGAUUGAUCCAUUCUGGAGGGGUCCAACCAGCUGGGACAGGGUUGACCGUCGUGAGGUUGGGGUAUGCUACCACACUCGGAAGUGGAAUGUCUAUAGCUACCAACACAUGCAGUGUAGUCUCUGCCUAAGGACCCAUACAAACACUGAGGUACCGCGUCGGUGUAAAAUACACUAGGUUAGGUAAAAUUACACCGCGUAUAAGGGUAAAUUUACACUUUUACACUGUAUCUAGCUAAAUUUACCUAAUAUUCUAG